GCUGUCUUUCGUGAUGGUGGCGCCAGGGAAUGCCACGGCUAUGGCUGUGCUGCACGGUCCGACGGGAGUUGGGAAGAUGCUCCUGAUCACGACCAUGUCGUUGAGUUUCUACGCGCCUGUUGUCGUUGCAGUGUACUACGCGAAUCGACACAGCUCCAGCAUCAAGUACCGCAACCCGAGCGAGAUGGCAUUCGUGGCGAUGGCCGCAUAUCUCAACAGCCUUGCGCGGUUCGUUGGUACGAUCUUUAUCGACGACAUCUCGUGCACGUUUGGGCUGCUCUCGUUUGGGAUUCCGUUGCAGAUAGCUCUCGUGGGCUACGUCUUGACCGAGCGACACGUACGAAUCCACGGUGACUUUGCCACCCGAACGUGGUGCCUCUAGGUCGUGCUUGCAUUCCACUUGACCGAGUUUAUGGUCAACCAUGCAAGUACCAAACCCUUGACCAAGCAACGCGCACUGCACUGGCUGCAAGUGUUCCUUCGACCGCGAUACAUUUGGAUCGAGCGCAUCGUGCUCCACAUUGCGUGGAAUAUCCCGCCGAUCCUGAUUGUGUUUGGCGACAACUACACUGUGUAUGCGGGCGGCGACUGUCCCGCACAGCUCCUGGCGUCCGUCCGCCAUUGGUACUUGGCAUCGUUUGCGUUUAUGAUCGCCGCGUCUGUCGCGCUGUCGUUUCAAAUCAGCAAAGUCGUUGACAAUUUUGGCCUGCGGCAAGCGUUCCAGACAGGGAACCGUGCGUUAGUCGUGUAUUUUUUCGUGUAUUUUCCGAUCUUGGUCUUCGUGCCGGCAGAAGUUGUGUACACGUACCAUCUAGACUUGACCAUCAAUGUGGCCAUUGUCCACACGCUGCUCUGGAUUCACAUUGUGCGGCCGGUCAGCGACUUUUUUCGAGCGUCGCGAACUGCUGCCACGUCGUCCAUGUUCAACGGGACUGCGCGGGUCCUGGACGCAUUCCUGCACACGCCAAACGGAUUCCAAGCGAUGUCGGCCUUUGCCAAGAGUGACUUUAUGAUCGAAAGCGUGAUUGCGUGGCGCGCGCUCGUGGAUUACCGCAACGAGAUGCCAGGUCACAUGUCGGCACUCGACAUUUACAACCAGUUCAUCGCGCCAUCGGCGCCGUUUCCACUCGACAACGUUGUAAAGGGCACGAUCUUGAAGCGGUACGCGAUUGCAUUCGAGUGCAACAACAAGUACAGCAUCCACCCUGACGACGGCGAGCAAGGGGCGCAAUACUUUGAUGUCCUCCUCGACGCGAUUGUGAACAAGAUCUUGAUCGAAAUGUUGCCCCGGUUUCAGCGACAUCCGCUCGGGGCGGGAUGGUUUGACUUUCUCCGAAGGCAUCACACCCAACACGCGCUCGACAAAGUACUAGACGACACGAUCGGCCAAGCAAAACAAAGCCAAACUAUGCCCACGAUCAAGAGUGCUGCGAUCAGCCGAUCCACGGGUCGCCUCGCCGUCAUUAUGACGGAAGGGAUGCGGACGUCGGUAAGAGACGACGACGCACUACAAGACAACGUGACGGCGCACAGCGAAUACCCGCCACCCUUCGGCACUAGCGAAAGCGUAGCAGUAGAUCGCAUCCAUGAAACGCAGUGAUGCUACUUGCGAGCAACUUGCUAACCGGCUGCAGUUGUACAGUGGGUGUCAAAAGUCAUCAUACGAAGAAAAUAUUUUCCUUGAACACUC